GUGACAACCCGUAUAUGCGGAUAAUGACCGAGAAGUUUGGCGCCCAAUGCAAAGUGUGUAACCGUCCGUUCACUACAUUCCGGUGGUGUCCGGGACUCAAAAUGCGGUACAAGAAGACCGAGAUCUGUCAGACGUGCGCCCGCGCGAAGAACAUCUGCCAAACGUGUCUACUCGACCUCCAGUACGGCCUUCCCGUUCAGGUGAGGGAUCAGUUGCUGAACACGAAGCUCGACAUUCCCAAGUCGGACGUGAAUCGCGAGUUCUUCAGCCAGAAUCUGGACAUCGCUGUCGCCAACAGCGACGCCACCGAAGCGUUCGGUGCGCUGAAGUCGGCGCCGCCGUCCGACGUGUUGGCCAAACUCGCCCGCAAUUCACCCUAUUAUAAGCGCAACAGACCCCACAUCUGCAGCUUUUGGGUCAAAGGCGAGUGCAAGAGAGGCGAUGAGUGUCCGUAUCGUCACGAGAAGCCCAACGAUCCGGAGGACCCGCUGAGCGACCAGAACAUCAAAGACCGGUACUUCGGUGUCAACGAUCCGGUGGCCGAGAAGCUGCUGAAGCGGGCGUCAGAGAUACCGCGCCCGUCGGCGCCGGAGGACAAGUCGAUCACAACGAUAUACGUCGGGAAUGUCGGCCCAAUGGUCGAGGAGAAGGAUCUGCGCGACUACUUCUAUCAGUUCGGAGAGAUUCGUGGCGUCACUUGUAUUCCUCGUCAGAACUGCGCGUUCGUUCAGUACACGAGUCGCGCCGCCGCCGAACUCGCCGUCGAUAAGUCCUACCAGAAGCUCGUGAUUCACGGCCAGAAGUUGACCAUUCGUUGGGGCAAAUCGCAGGCCAAGAGGGGCGCCGGCGCUGACGGCGAAGACAGUGUCGGCGGCGCUAAGAAGGCCGCACAGUUGGCACCCGUACCCGGUCUGCCCAUCGGUGCGCCCGACUAUUUCGGUUUAGGCCACUCGAGCGGCGGCGGGGGUCCGUCAGCGGCUGCCGGUGCGCCUCCGGCCGCUAUUAAUAUACCGCAGUUGGCGCCGCCUAUUAUAGGCGCCCCAGCGCUCAAUCAAGCCAUUCACUACCCCUCGCAAGACCCCAACCGCAUGGGUUCGGUGGGCAUUAAGUUACCCGCUUAUAAUCGCGACUGAUUUUACCUUAAGUUUUAUUUUUAACUAUUUUUUUUGUUUGACUAUAAAUACCUCUCUUUUUCAUUACUUUUUUUGUCAAUCAC